AAGUAAAGAAAAACAGAUAAACAUCAAUGUAAAGAAGUGAUAAAAAGACCGGUGACACGGAUCUCCUGCAGAAGUUUAUACAAUUUGUUGUCUAGCUUUUAAAUAAUUUAAAUAAUUCAGUUUUAUUGGUUCUUUUCUUGUCAACGUUUCUUAUUUAAUUGUAAUACAAAUUUAAUUGUAGAAAUGACUUUACAAUCAAUUAAAUAUUUACCCGGUAAAUUGGAAAUACUCGAUCAGUUAUUACUUCCGGUCCAAUCUAAAUAUUUACCGGUCAAAGGUGUUGAAGAUGGUUGGAAGGUUAUUAAUAAAAUGCAGGUACGCGGUGCACCUGCUAUUGCAAUAGUUGGCUGUCUCUCAUUGGCAGUUGAAAUUUUUCCUGAAAACUUUGAUUCGAAAAAGUCUUUGCGUCAAGAAAUUGAAGGUAAACUAAACUAUUUGGUAUCGGCAAGACCAACAGCGGUAAAUAUGAAAAUAGCUGCAGAUGAACUUAUUGCUCUGGCCAAUGAUCUAACAAAAGAUGAAAGCAUUUCCGUGGAAGAAAUGAAACUAAAAUUCCUAGAUGCUACUGAAGCUAUGCUGCAAAAAGACAUAUCUGACAAUAAAGCCAUUGGUACGAAUGGUGCAAAAGCUAUAUUGGAAAAUGCCAAUAAAGAUGGACCCGUACGUGUACUAACUCACUGUAAUACUGGUUCACUGGCAACAGCUGGUUAUGGCACUGCAUUGGGAGUUGUUAGGAAAUUACACGAAUUAAAGAAACUAGAACAUGUAUACUGCACGGAAACCAGACCCUAUAAUCAAGGAGCUCGUUUGACAGCCUAUGAAUUAGUACAUGAUAAAUUGCCAGCUACACUGGUAUUAGAUAGUAUGGUAGCCGCUUUACUACGUGCUAAAAAUGUAGCCGCGGUGGUAGUAGGAGCCGAUAGAGUCGCAGCUAAUGGUGAUACAGCCAAUAAAAUUGGCACUUAUCAAAUUGCCGUCGUGGCCAAACAUCAUGGUGUACCAUUCUUUGUGGCUGCACCUUUAACUUCUAUUGAUUUACAAAUACCUAGUGGUGAUCAUAUUAUAAUUGAGGAGAGACCCGAUCGUGAGAUGACUCAUGUGGGUGAGCAUAGAAUAGCUGCACCUGGUAUUAACUGUUGGAAUCCUGCCUUUGAUGUUACGCCCGCUUCACUAAUUACUGGCAUAAUUACGGAACGUGGUGUCUUUAGUCCACAAAAACUUAAAGAUGAAAUUAGCGCUUUAUUAGAACUCUAAAGAAUUUUUUUCGCUUAUAGUUAGUAAGACUUAAAAAACUUUCCCUCUUUUCCUUCUUAAAAAAAAAUCUUUUCUCAACAUUUAACUAUAUAUUAAACCUAAAGUAGUUAGAAUUUAAACAGCAUCAUUUUUUAUAUAAAAAAUUCUUUACACUUAGUUGUGAUAUUGUUAACAUGAAAAACUUACUAUAUUAUAUACAAACAAUAUGUAUUUUUUGAUACAAUUAUUGUCAAAAAAUAUUAUUACAUUAUUAAAACAUACUGCAGAUUAUGGCUAGAA